ACUCAGCAUUUUUCUGAACAUCCUCUUUGAUAACGGGUACGUGUUUUCAUUUUCUCAUGAGCAGAAUAAAUAAUGUAUAAAUCGUAAAAUAAUUAUGUAUGUGCCUAAAAUAUCCAAGUAUUUCACUAGCCGAUAGACUAUUCAAGUGUUCAAAGAAUGAUUUCAAAUUAUAUCUAGUAAACUGUUGCCAUAUUUAAUUGUACUCUCCAUCUGCACGAACCUCCCUACUCAGUGAUCACUUAUUUUCUCAAAGCAGCAUAAAUGUUAAACAACAUGUCUGAAAAUUUAUGGAUUUCCAUCUUGUCCGAAGUCCGACAAAAGGCCACUUCCAAGUUACCGUCUAAUAAAUCCUUGCUGGUAUUAGGAGAUAUAGGUUGUGGUAAAACGACAGUGAUUGCUAAACUGCAAGGUGUCGAGGAUCCGAAGAAGGGUUCCGGAUUAGAAUAUGCUUACAUCGAUGUUCGUGACGAAUACAGAGAUGAUCACACGAGACUUGGAGCCUGGAUCCUUGACGGAGAUCAAUCGUUAUCGUUCUUACUUAAAUACGCCCUGAACGAAGAAACGUACCCUGAUGUAACCAUCAUGUUCGUCGUAUCGAUGACUACACCUUGGAAUAUUUUAGACCAGUUACAAAGUUGGGCUGUCAUAUUACAAGACCAUAUCGAUAAACUGAAAAUAUCUAGUCAUGAUUUAGAAGAAUAUCGCAAUAAAUGUAUUCGAAAAUGGAACGAAUACGUCGAACAUGGAGACGAUACAGAUAUGGAUGUUGCGUUAAAACGAAGCUCGAGGAAUCUCGAAGAGGAACAGGAAGUAUUAGAGAUCGGCGAAGGCAUCCUUACUCGUAACUUAGGCUUGGAUGUGAUAGUUGUUGUCACCAAGACGGAUUACAUGGUAACUUUGGAGAAAGAUCACGACUACAGAGACGAACAUUUCGAUUUCAUUCAGCAAUGGAUUCGUAGAUUUUGCUUGCAAUAUGGCGCUGCGUUAUUUUACACGUCCGCUAAAGAAGAUAAAAACUGUGAUUUAUUAUAUAAAUAUUUAACGCAUAGAAUUUACGGGUUCCCUUUUCAAGCUCCUGCUUUGAUUGUCGAGAAAGAUGCAGUAUUUAUACCUUCGGGAUGGGAUAACAUGAAGAAAAUAUCGAUCUUGUUUGAAAAUCUCAUGAGUAUGAAACCCGAUGAUUAUUACAGAAACGUGAUAUCACCACCAGUUGCAGCUAGAAAGACGGUUGUUAGAGAGGUCGAAGUUCAUGCUGAAGAUGAACAAAGCUUUUUGCAAAGACAAUACGAUCUGUUACAAGGAACCAAUUCACCGGGUGGACUUCCAAAGCUGGAAGUAACUCAAUCACGUAGUUCACCAGGUGUGCAAAAAACUGGCGAUAGAAGGCUGAGUAAUUCUUCAUCUAUUCAGACGCCUUUAAGUGGCUCUAAAAAGAUUGAUCCGACCAAGCCUGGUAGUGCAAAUCCAGGCGAAGGUAUUUUAGCAACUUUUUUCAAUUCCUUGUUGCAUAAAAAAGUCGGAGGAUCGCCUCGAAAUCCGAACGAUACAGGUGGUUCAUUAUCAGCUACACCUCAAACAAGCUCGACAACACUACGAACAGAUGCGGCAGCCGAAUUGGAUAGAUUAGCAGCUCGUAAAUUGCAAUUCAAUACAUCGACUCCUAAUUCCACCAAAGAUACGUCGCUGACGCCAAACAGAAGCAUGUCGCAGGAUCCGCCACCCGAUGGCUCCGAGUGUUAAUUCGGUGUAUUUUUUUUGUAAUUUGUACUCCCCCCCCCACUUUUCUCGUUUUUACAAACCAGACGAGCUCUUAACGUCGUAAUAUAAGCUGUACAAUGUGUAAAUGUUUUCCAUUAUUUUACACGCUGUGUCCCACCCUCUCCCCCCAACCCAUUGUUAUAUAAUUUAUUUAUUUAUUUUUUACUUGAAAUUUUUAAUCGUUAAUUUCCCGAAGUAAACUAAUCACAGAACCUUGUUCGAACGAUUACGCCUAGAAAAACCGUCACCGUUAACAAUUUUAAUCAAAAAUUGAGAUUUUCCUCGUCGAGGAUGCCUUUCUAUCUCUAUCCUGUGAAAAAAGUAUUAAGAAGCAUUUUGUAAUAUGAUUACAAGUUUAACGCUAUAGAUAAUAAAAUUAUUAUCGUUUUUAUUACCUACUUUUUUUUCAAUUUUUUAGUUUCGUAUUUUCAAUUUGAAGAAAAAUGUUUUUUCGAGCUUUUUGUAUAAAUGUGCUAUUUUGAUGCGAAAUAAUCAAUGCUCCAAAUACAUUAUCGUUAAUAUUGG